AACCCGCCUUAUCGCAGCAAAGCUGGCCCGUGACGGACCAGUGACAGGGCUGGCGGGUACUGGGUCGGGGUUGUUGUGUUGGGACAAAGAACAUUGUACCGGUGUGUGCUCAACGACAGCUGUUUUGAAGAAAUUAGGCAUCAGAAUGCUUCCCCUCAAGCUAAGAUGUCUCUUUUUGGCAAUGCUGUGUCUGUGUGAAGCAACGGACAAGUACCAACCAGAACAGAUACAUCUCUCAUAUGGAGAGGACCCGUCUCACAUGGUGGUCACGUGGAACACGGGUGAGCUGGUGGCCUCGGAGGCGUACUUCGGCGAGUCGCGGCUGCACACGCAGGUGGUGGGCAAUGCGAGCCUCUUCACAGACGGCGGCGUGCUGAAGCGCGCCCAGUACGUGCACCGGGUCAGCAUGGGCCCGCUGAAGCCCGGCACCAGAUACGUGUAUCAGGUCGGCAGCGACGCCGGCUGGUCGGAGGUGUUCACCUUCACCUCGAUGAAGGCCGGCGUAGCGUGGAGCCCGCGCCUGGCCGUCUACGGCGACCUCGGUUCACUGAACGCCCAGUCACUGCCCAGACUGCAGCGUGAGGCGCAGCAGGGCCUGUACGACGCCGUGCUGCACGUCGGCGACUUCGCCUACGACAUGGACACGGACAACGGCGAGGUGGGCGACGAGUUCAUGCGGCAGCUGCAGCCACUGGCCGGCUACCUGCCCUACAUGACCUGCCCCGGCAACCACGAGCAGAAGUACAACUUCUCCAACUACAAGAACCGCUUCACCAUGCCUGGGUCCGGUGACGGUAUGUUCUACAGCUUCGACAUGGGCCCGGUUCACUUCGUCUCUGUGUCAUCGGAGUACUACUACUUCCUCAACUACGGAAUGAAGAUGGUGGCCAACCAGUUCAAGUGGCUGAAGAAGGACCUGGAGAAGGCGAGCCGGCCGGCCAGCCGCGCCCUCCGGCCCUGGAUCGUGCUCUUCGGACACCGGCCGAUGUACUGCUCUAACACGGACAAGGACGACUGCACGCGCCAGGCGGACGCGCUCCGCGUCGGCCUGCCACUGCUGCGCGUGUUCGGCGUGGAGGAGCUGCUGAUGCAGUACGGCGUCGACCUGGCCGUCUGGGCGCACGAGCACUCGUACGAGCGGCUCUGGCCCGUCUACAACUACACGGUGUUGAACGGCACGGCGGCCGACCCGUAUCUGAACCCCGGUGCGCCGGUGCACGUCACCACCGGCUCGGCGGGCUGCAAGGAGCGGCACGACUUCUUCAACAAGACGCUGCCUUACUGGAGCGCCGUGCGCAGUUCCGACUACGGCUACACCCGCCUGACUGUGGCCAACGGCUCCCACCUCUUCAUCGAGCAGGUGUCCGACGACAAGGAUGGCGCUGUGAUCGACAGCCUGUGGAUCCGGAAGGAAGCCCACAAGCCAUUCAGCCAGCUGCGCAAAACAGAGCGAGGGUAUCUGUAGUGGCGCUGCUCCUCUGCUCCGUGGAGAGGCCGGCUACGGGGACGAUCAGGGAAGGCCAGCCUGCACGUCUUGGCCUCCCUGUUUUCUGAUUGCCACAGUGUACUGAACUCGCAGCACGUGUACCCGACGGAAGCAUCAAUCUAUUGAAGGACCUCGUAUAAUGAUCUAUUUUAGCCGUAGGCUCUGGUCAAGAGUUGAAGCAACGUGCAUAGGCCAUAUGUACCAUACCCUUGUACUCGAUCUCCCAUGCAGUGUGUUUACCGAUGUUUAAAUCUCGUGUUUUAUCACCGGGCUGAUCGCGUAUUUUGUCUGUGAACAGGCUGUGUCAUUAAUCCCGCGGGAUUCGGCUUAUACGGAUGUUGACUGUGCAUGAGGGUUGUAGCAGGACAUGCGUCUCUCCGGGUUAAUGGUGAAAAUAACGGGUGUAGGCCGUCCAAAAUAAAUGUCCCACACAUGCGACUACUGCGAAAGGUGGAGGCCAGUUCGGCGCGAUAUGGGCGCAUGCUCUAAGACCUAACGAGAUUUUUUCUUUAUCUCAUGUAGCCUAAAAUCGUGUCGCAAACUGGAUGUGACUACUUGCACAAAUUUGUGAGCUUAUGGACAAUGAUCGUAGUUGAUGAGACUGAACUACGGUCUUUUUGUGUCAUCAGUCGACAUUUUAUUAGAAUGCGUGUAUGUAUAGGUGGUACGCUGUAGACUGGAACAAGCGUGGGAGUUCCGAGUUUGCUCCUGAAGCAACGGACGCGCUGAACGGCCCGCUGCACCACAUGUGUGUUGCACAGUGGUGCAUGUGUGCUGUUACACAGUCGUCUCCGCUUGUUCUCCGUCGUAUGCGCCGACUCGGCCAGUUUGUUCUUGUCAUGCACCAAUUUAAAAUGUGCGAGGCGACUGGAGUAACGGAUAGGAAAGAAGUCGCCUGGCUUGUUCUUCGCCAGAUAUAUUGGUUUACUCUGCAUGCAAACCGCUGUGAAGGUGUCAUCGGUUGGCGCGGUGGCCGAACUACUUACCUGAACGAUGACACAGCCGAUUAGCGUACAUAUAGUACAUAAAGUGCUCACAUGUGUUGCACUUUGUGUUUUGCAAAGGUGACCAUUAAUCCCAGCAUGCACGUAUAUCAAUAAACAUGCAGUAUAUCA